CCUCCCUCCCCUCCCGCUUCUUUCUCUUUCUGUUUCGCCGCCGGGCGCGCCGGGCUCCCGGCGCUGCCCACUUGAAGCCGCCGCACUUGGGACGUGGCGGCCCCUCUGCCCGCGGGGUGCCCGGGGCGGGGGCCGGGGAGACAGCGUCGCCCGGCGGCGGGGGAGAACGUUGGGCCCGAAGAUUGCUGUGAUAUGCCUUGUAUGACAAAGACCCCUCACAGAGAAUACCUCUGCCUUGACACAUGUGGAUAGUCACAGCAUGAAAACACUGUAAAGGAGUGCUGAAGUGGCAAUGAAACAGCCCAACAGAAAGAGGAAGCUCAGCAUGGAUUCCAGAGACCAUGUGAAUCAGGGUGAAUACUUGGAACAAACUGAAGAAGAAAAGAAGCCCAGGAAUGGUGCGGCCCCUUUGAGCCAGGCAACCCCAGUGGCCGCUCAGGACACGUGGUCUUGGGAGCAGUACCUGAUAGAACAGCAGGCCGUAGCAGCGCCCGUGGAGCUGUUUUCCAAGGAUCAAUCCUUUCCAGAGCACGAAAAUGGCUUUCAGGUUGGAAUGCAAUUAGAAGGCAUUGACCCCCGCCAUCCGUCUAUGUUCUGUGUGCUUUCUGUGGCUGAGGUGUGUGGUUACCGCCUAAGACUCCAUUUUGAUGGCUAUUUGAGCUGCUAUGAUUUUUGGACCAACGCAGGCUCCCCUGACAUCCAUCCAGUCGGUUGGUGUGAAAAGACCAAACAUGAGUUGCACAUCCCCAAGGGUUAUAGAAAAGAUAAAUUUCUUUGGAUGGAUUACUUGAAGGCCUGCAAAUUGCAAAAUGCUCCCAAGAAAUUAUUCAGAAACAGAAGUUCUAGUGGGCCAGUCCCUAAAGAAUUUCAGGUUGGAAUGAAGCUGGAGGCUGUCGACAGGAAGAACCCUUCCUUGGUGUGUGUGGCAACCAUAGCAGAUAUUGUUGAAGAUCGCUUGCUAGUGCAUUUUGACAAUUGGGAUGAUAGUUACGAUUACUGGUGUGAUGUUAAUAGUUCUUAUAUCCAGCCUGUGGGUUGGUGUCGGGAGCAUGGAAGGACCCUGAUCGCACCCCAAGGAUAUCCUGAUCCAGAAAAUUUUUCCUGGACAGAAUAUCUGGAAGCCACUCAAACAAAUGCAGUUCCUGCCCAAGGUUUCGCAAUGCGGCUGCCUCAUGGUUUUCUGCCAAAUAUGAAACUUGAAGUCGUGGAUAAGCGAAAUCCCAGGUUAAUUCGUGUUGCUACCAUUGUAGAUGCUGAUGACCAAAGAGUAAAGGUUCAUUUUGAUGGUUGGGACCACAAAUAUGACUACUGGAUGGACACAGACAGCCCCGACCUGCACCCCAUUGGGUGGUGUGACGUCACGGGGCAUCCAUUGGAAAUGCCGUAUCGAGCACAAGAUGAGAAAAUCCUUCCAGGUCAAGCUGUUUGUCCUACCCCAGGGUGCCGAGGAAUAGGCCAUAUCCGUGGUCCACGUUACUCAGGACAUCACAGUGCUUUUGGCUGCCCAUAUUCGGACAUGAACUUGAAAAAGGAGGCAGUGCUUCAUGAUCGUCUCAGAGGAAAGACACAGGCAAAUUUGGAAUCAGACUCUUCACAUUUAAAAUCGAAAAACCUCUGUAGUUUGAAUGUCAACGGAAAACAUGAAAAGGUGAACAGCCAGCCCAGACUUGUACAGCAGGCAAAAUGUUUGAAAAUCAAAGGAAAAGAAGAUACUGACUUGGAUAAUCUCUUCAGAGAAUAUCCAGCUGGGCAGGCGCAGCAGGCACUGCACCAGUCGGUCUUCAUGUCAGCCCUGUCGGCCCACCCUUUCCGGGACCUUCCCCUCGUCAGAGAGCAGCACUGCAAGCUGCUUCCAGGCGUGGCUGGUAUUCAGGCCAGGGAAGUGGCUGGCUGGACCGUGGAUGAGGUGGCUGAAUUUGUACAGUCUCUUCUGGGCUGUGAAGAGUAUGCCAAGUGCUUCAAGAAAGAGCAGAUUGAUGGCAAAGCCUUCCUGCUUCUGACACAGACGGACAUCGUCAAGGUGAUGAAGAUCAAACUGGGCCCUGCACUGAAGAUCUAUAAUUCUGUCCUGAUGUUCAGGAACUCCCAGGACCUCACUGAAGAGGAUGCCGUCUCAGGGACAGGCACCAGGGGAUAGUGGGCUCAUGCAGCUUCUCCUGGCAUCAGGGCCGGGCUCCUUCAUCAGUAAAACCAGCGUCCUCCACACAGUCACAUCUAGACUUAAUCUGGACCUUGUGCGUGUCUCCUCUUGGGCAUCACCAGCGCAGAGGUUGGGGCACAUGGAUAGGUUCAUAAACAUCGUUAUGUUUGGUUAAUCCUUUCAACUUUGUUGGGUUGCAACAAACAGACCAAAGAAGCCCACUCGUACACCUUCAUUCGUUUCCCUCUCCGUAAAACAAACCACUUCCCAUUUUGCAAGCAUAAAACUCUCAAGUGAUGAAAUAUUAGAAACACAGUAUUCACAAAUACACUGUUAAUGUUUUCACCAGAAUAACAUCUGAGCCUUGCUCAGAUUUGCCAUCUGGAUGGCAGCGAGUUGAGAAGAUGGAGGCCUGGUGCUUUAAAAAGACUUCAUGUGAGAUUUUUGUGUACUUUACUCAGGAAAAGUGUGAAUCUUUAAAAUAAUAAUAAUGAGCACAUGUUUUCAGAAUUCAUUAAUUCUCCCUUCUGACCUGUUACCCAUCUCUUGGCUAUGCUCCAAAGGUCUCCUGGAGCUACAUUAAGGUGUGUGUCCAGGUGAGCUGGGAGCAGUCAGGCCGGGCUCUGGGCCAAGGCUGGCGGGACCCUAACGCAUCCCCACAGCAGGGAUACACGUGCUUUCUGGGGGCCCCAGGGGUCCUCGCCGGAACACUGGGAUCGGCUGGUUCACCAGAUGCCCACCCACACCUAUUCCUUCCGGCGUCUGCUCAGAGCUGAUGUCAGGAGGUAGGGAGCCGCGUUCUGCCCGGGGCCCAGGGUACAUCUCUCAGAGGCCCACUCUUAGAAAGGCAGCUCUCGGAAGUAAGGAGCUUGGCAUCUACUAUUUGUUUGAAAAAUCCUGGUUUGCUAUCAGACCUCAUUUUAGUUUUCUGUGUGAUUGUAUUUGGGACUUAAGUUGCAUGGAGACCACAGUUUUGAAAGACAAGUACCUCUUUUCUUACACACCCCCAUAGUAAGAGUGACCAGUUCCCUCGUGGAAGUGGAGAGCCGUUGUUUUUGAGUUGGAAGAGAAAUGGAGUAGAUCAGACUCAGGCCUGAGUGUACCAUUUUCUUCAUUAAGAAUGUUAUGGUUUCAGAAAGUUGUUCUGCUUGGAGAUUUCCUCAACCUUUAGGUCAUGUAAGAAAAAACAUUCUUCUCUAAAGGGUGUGUUGUAUAUAAGACAUUUCUUUAGAUUCCUUACCUGGAUGCAAUUUUAAUGUUAUUGGUUGAUGUAAAUUUUUGUUUCUGUGAAGUUUUGUUUUGAUUUUUCUGUGUGUGUGUUCUUUUUUGUAGACUACCAUGUAUGAUAAAAAUUCCUGCUUCUGCUAUGCUAAAAAUUUAAUAUAUUUUAAAUGAUAAUAAACAGAUAAAACCCAUGCCUCGUGGCCUUUCAAAUAUGUUAUCAAGUCCUGUUCUCACACCACAGCCUGGAAGCUUUUUUUUCUCAGCAAAAAGGAAGAGAAAAGGCAAUUCUGCACACAUUAGCCAGCAAAGAGGUCAGCCAUUUUGGAAAACUGUG